AUGAAAUGUCUUCCCCUCACCCAGGCCAGCUUGCCAUCAAGGUUUGCCGUCUCGCAGCUUAUUGUCUCGUCAAUCUGCUGUUUCCCGCGAUACGAAGCUACACAUCUUCGUCUCCAAACACUUUGCCCUUCCGUGUUUCCUGAUACCAAGCAUCCUUCAUCUUGUCCGUCUUCUCAGCCCAGCAUUGAUGCUCCUCCUUCCUCUCUCUUACUCCAUGUCAUUCAUCUUUCUGUUACAUCACUGAAACAAUACGCUGUUUACUGCGGACUGCAAGACAUGCAAGACAGGAAGAAGGAGCAGAAACGUUUGACAACCCCGAGCGAUGGCCAUACUAUCCACAAUAAACCCAGGCGCAGCACAUAUCUUCCCAUUUGCGAUUGCGCAGUCGAAGAAGAUAUGCUACAACCCGGGAUUCUAUGGUCCACCGAUAGUCUACUGUUCAUUUGUAUGGCGCACACGGUCGGGCUCCACUAUCGAGCACAUGAGACACUAUCGAGCAUGAGAUGUGCCAUGACAAUCGAAUACUCUUCGACAUUGUCGUCGAAUGCAUCCAAGCUAUACCAUCGAAUGAUCGAGAAACACAUCAUUCCUGUUGGAAACCUGGGUCAUCAUGGUUCUAUCAUCACAGGUCAGAGACACGAUUCCUCUUUUAAUACGUACUUCGUCGUGCGGGCCGACUUGCUUUCUACGACAUCAUGUCUAAUGGUCCAAACGUUUUACAAAUGGUAUCCUAUGGGAAGUCGAUCAAGGGUUGCCCCUUCAAGGCAUACAGAGCCCACAUGCUUGCUGAGAAGAGAACCCCACAACUUAUUCGAGAAGCUGAUCGUUCUGUUUCUCCGCCGCAAGCUUCGUACUACUCCACUUCCACAUCUUAUCGACUGUGGAAGAAUUAACUCCUUCAUUUACCACCUUUCCUCAUUCUUGACCCUCCCUUCUUCGCUUCUUGCCGAACCUUCCUUAUCAUCAACGAUCACGUCAAUCCUACCCCUUUCUUCACCUUCUCAUCCACGUAUCACAUCAACGUCUAUCUGGGGCAACACCUUGUCUCCUCUAUUCGUUUUCAGCGAUCCCGAUCCAAAGCAAUUGCAGCCCGCUGUCAUGACGCUGAAUGAGCGUUGGCCCAAGCCUAAGGAUGGACCUGAAGAGUUCAUCAAUUGCUUCGCCUUAGAUGCACAAAUCUCAGGUCUGGAGUACUUGCAGACUUCCAGUAUCUAA